AUGUCGUUCCUCAACCGCCUCACGGUUGCCGGUCGGCAGCACGAGCAGGAGCAGGCCGAGACCGUCGUCGAAGAAGUCAACGCCGAGAACAACCUGCCGCCCAUCGACCAGAAGCAGCCUCUGAUUACGCUGCCCGUCGUCGCCUGCGGUGCCGGUCUCUUCUCGGACGGCUACAUCAACAACGUCAUUGGCUCCGUCUCCACCAUCCUGGCCCUCCAGUACGGCGACACCUGGUCCAAGUCCCGGUCCAAGAGCGUUGUCAGUGCCAUCGUCUUUGCUGGCACCGUCGUCGGCCAGCUGUUCUUUGGUUUCCUCGCCGACCGCUGGUCGCGUACCAACUCGCUGCUUGUGUCUACCGUCAUCCUCUUCGUCUUCACGGCUCUGGCCGCCGGCUCUUACUACCAUGGUGACACCAUUGGCAUGUUCAACAUCCUGGCUGCGUGGCGUUUCUUCGUCGGUAUCGGCAUUGGCGGCGAGUAUCCUGCGGGCUCUGUGGGCUGUGCCGAGUCGACGGGCGAGGUCCGCAAGGGCUGGCGCCACUUUAUCUUCAUCCUGUUCACCAACUCCAUUAUUGACUUUGGCUUCGUUAUUGGUGCCUUUGUUCCUUACGUCGUGGCGGCCGCCUGCCAUAAUGAACACCUCAGCACCCAAUGGCGCGUGUCGCUCGGCAUCGGCGCCGUCUUUCCCCUCGUCCUUUUCGUCCUCCGUCUUUUUGUCAAGGAGAACGAGGAGUUCAACCGCAACUCUAUGAAGGGCGCCCGCACCCCGUACUGGCUGGUUCUCAAGUUCUACGGCCCCCGCCUGAUCGUUGUUAGCCUGAUCUGGUUCAUUUACGACUUCCUGACCUACGCCUUUGGCAUUUACUCGUCCACCAUCCUGGCCAACAUAUUCCCCUCCGACUCGCCCCUGACCACCAUCUUCGGCUGGAACGUCGUCAUCAACCUGUUCUACAUGCCCGGCUCGCUCCUCGGCGCCAAGGCCAGCGACUGGCUCGGCCCCCGCUGGUGCCUGAUCACGGGUGUGCUGCUGCAGGCCAUUGUCGGUUUCAUCAUGGCCGGCGACUAUGCCAACCUCUCCCAGCCGCACAUGGUCGGGGCGUUCGCCACCGUCUACGGCAUUUUCCUGUCGCUCGGCGAGUUCGGCCCCGGCGACAACAUUGGUCUUUUGGCUGCGAAGACCUGCGCGACCGGUGUGCGCGGCCAGUACUACGGCAUUGCCGCCGCCGUUGGCAAGAUCGGCGCCUUUGUUGGCACUUACGUCUACCCCUACAUUGAGGCCGCCGGUGGCGACGACGCCAACGCCACGGCACAGUACCCCUUCUAUGUCAGCUCCAGCUUGUCGGUUCUGUCGGCGCUCUUGGCCUUCUUCCUGCUGCCCAACGUCGGCCAGGACACAAUCCAGUACGAGGACGCGCGCUUCCGCCGCUACCUGGAGGCCAACGGCUGGGACACUUCCCAGCUCGGUGUGAGCAAGGCGGAUUCUCUGGAGCACGUCGAGGACGGUGGCACCGUCACGGAGACCAAGGCGACGUCGCAGUAA